AUGGCGGCGGCUCAGCCUAAACCUGACUCCAGUUAUGCGUCCAAUCGCAUAACGAAAAGCAACCCUCCGCCUAAGCAUCUUUUGUCUAAUUUCAAUGAACCUGAGCUCGAAGAUGCGAAAAUCGAUAUCGCAUCAAUGAAUAAGGAAGCUAUUGAACAUAGCGUCGAGACACAGCCGGAGAUUGAUACGGACGCCGAGCCUUUAAGCUCUGAUGAAGAGGAACCAGAAGAUUCCAAACCAGAUGUUGCUCAGCCUAGCAUUGAGAAAAGACUGGAGAUUGAUACAGAUGCUGAACCUUUAAGCUCCGACGAAGAGGAAGACGAAGACUCGUUGCCAGACAUCGCUCAGCCUAGCAUCGAGAACAAGCCAGAGAUUGACACAGAUACCGAAUCUCUCAGCUCUGUACCUCUCAGUUCUUAUGAAGAGGAAGCAGAAGACCCAAAAUCAAACGCCAUUCGAUCUAGCAUCAAGAACUUGCCCGAAAUCGACACCGAUGCUGAUCCUCUAAGCUCUGAUGUAGAGCAAACUAGCGAUAGCGAUGCUUCCCCGCGUCGCAAAGAGGUGAACUAUACGACUACGACUUUGGAAGAGAAGCUUGCGGAAGCAAAUAGGGCAUACGGUAGUUCACAAAGUCAUAAUGGAUACUCUCGCAAAGGCAGUUUUGCGCGAACCGCCAGCGCCAUGACGGGCUCCGGUGAUGAAGACGGGCCACUGUUCUCUUCGCAGAGCCACAAGCGGCACAAGGCAGUGAAAUAUGUGUCCAAGUCGUAUUUCAACAGGCCACAUUUUGCCCCAGGAAAAAAACCAACGACGAAAGCAAAAGAGCCGUCGCCAGUCGAGGAAGCUCCCAAGGAACCGGAGGAGACCUUUAUAAUGCCCAAGGACAUCGAAAAUUCGAGUUUCAGAGAACCUCGCGGCGGGGAAGAUUCAAACUCCAGUUUCUCCCACGGCCAAACGAUCGAAGAAUACGAAGCAAUGUUGCUUGAUAAUGACUCACCUCUCUCAUCCCCGCCUUCUUCCACUUGCGAGCAAAUGCAAACGUCGCAGGCCGAUGAACUCGCAGCAAAGGAGAAGCGCCAGCCAUCGCCACCCACCCAAGCUCUGUGCCCAAUGUGCCAUAAGGAAGUAGACCGGGCUUCGCUAGAACUGUUCAAAGCACAGCCGAAGCAACGUAUUCGCGAACAAGUGAUGUUCUGUGAAUCACAUAAACUCCGCAGUGCGAUGGACAUGUGGCGUGACCGAGGGUACCCUAAAAUCGACUGGGAAGGGUUUGAAGCGCGUGUUCAGAGCUAUUUCCCCGAACUCGAGAAACUACUUGUCCCCGAUGCUUCCUCUUAUUACCGAAAUAUUCUGAGGACCUCUUUCGCACCAGGGAAAGCAAGAAAUUUCCGUGUGAGAGUAGAUGAUGGCGAGAGGCUUGAGACAAUAACCUGUGGUUAUUAUGGUGCCAUGGGCGCAACUAAAAUACUUGAAACAAUCAUCCGUCGUUUUUCUGUGGUUGUACGUCGCCUGGCGACAACAGAUGAACUUAUCAAGACGACAGGCGUAGCUGGCUACACACAGUCUGUCCUUGUGCCUGAGUUGGCUGUGCUCAUGGUCAAGGAUGACAUGAAAGUCAACGACGAAGAUGCCCGUCGGAUUAUGAGGGAGAGUAUGGACAUUGGUGGUAGAGUCAAUCCAGACCUCAAUGUCGUCCCGAUACCGGAUGAUGUCGAAUUAUGA